GUCCCCUACUCUCUAUACACACCCACGCACUCUCUCACUAGACCCGAACCUCACUCCACCACCACCACUUUCUCUCUCUAACUUUCCCCCCCUCUCUCUCCAUUUUUUUUCUCUUUCGCUGCAAAUUUCAGAGGGAGGAGGAGACAGCCGCGUCAGAUUACAUAUCAAACAUCAUCGGGUCGUCGUCGAGAUUCGCGCCGUGGGAAAAAAAAUCAUUAAGAAACGACGAGAGGGGAAGAUCUUCAGCGUAUCAGGAAGUGAUUUAAAGCAAAGGCGGCGACAAUUUAUUAUUCCCUCUGUGCUUGCAGACUGUUAGAGAGAGAAAGCAGAGAGAGGGAGAAGAGGGAGGAGAGGGAGGAGAGAGAGGGUGGGGUUUGGUUUAUUCAUUAAAAUCCUCUGAAAAAUCGAUUCUUUCUGCAUUUUUGGAUUUUUCGGGUUGUGGGUUAGAGAGAAAAACAAGAGAGACAGCGCAUGGUUUAUUCAUAAAAUCCUCUGAAAAUUCAAUACUUUGUCCAUUUUUUUUAAUUUUUUGGGUUGUGGGUUUUUGCGAUUGGGCGGAAAUAGUUGUGGGUUUUGUGUAAGAAGCGUCAUCAGUGUCAUCACAAAGGGUUGGGAAACGAAUGGGGAGGGCGUAAAGGUCGAGGCUUUUGCGAUAAGGGCAGGGACAGUGCUUGUCUCGUUCCAAAACGUUUAUGGUCUGCUGGUUGCGUGUCUUGGAGAGAGGGACAGGAGGGAGAGGGAAGAAGGAGAGGGGUUUUGUCUCUCUGUUCGGCUGAGAGUUCCUCAGGACCCGCCAUUUGAGAGAGAGGGAGGAGAGAGAAAGUUGGCAUUGACGCAGCUUGAGCAGAAACGGAACGGAGUCUAUAAUCUCUGUGGAGGAGUUGGACUUCGUUUGUAGGUGUUUGGUGCUGUAAUUUCUGGUGGCUAAGAAGGGUAUUUUGGCACCAAAAUGAAGUUUAUGAAGCUGGGGUCCAAGCCUGAUGCAUUUCAGGCUGAUGGCAAGUCUAUCAGAUAUGUGUCAUCUGACUUGCAAACAGAUGUCAUUAUUAAUGUUGGGGAUGUGAAGUUUUACCUUCACAAGUUCCCUCUCUUGUCCAAGAGCAAUCGCCUGCAAAAACUAGUAUCUAAACCCAACGAUGAUUCUGAAGAAGUUGACAUGGUUGAUUUUCCCGGUGGGCCAAAAUCCUUUGAAAUUUGUGCAAAGUUUUGCUAUGGAAUGACUGUUACUCUGAACGCUUACAAUGUUGUGGCUGCUCGUUGUGCUGCUGAGUAUCUGGAGAUGACCGAGGAUGUUGAUCGCAGUAACCUAAUAUACAAAAUUGAGGUGUUCCUUAACUCAAGCAUCUUCCGCAGCUGGAAGGAUUCCAUUAUUGUUCUACAAACCACCAAAUCUCUUCUGUCAUGGUCUGAUGAUCUGAAGAUUGUCGGAAGAUGCAUAGAUUCAAUUGCAUCUAAAACGUCUGUAGACCCUACUAACAUCACCUGGUCCUAUACGUAUAACCGAAAACUAGCAGAGCCUGAUAAAAUUAUUGAAGAAGGGAUGAAUUAUCGAGACAAAAUUGAAAAAGUUCCAAGGGAUUGGUGGGUUGAAGACAUAUGUGAGUUGGAUAUUGAUCUCUACAAGCGAGUUAUGAUUGCUGUGAAAUCGAAGGGAAGAAUGGACGGCACUGUUAUUGGGGAGGCUCUGAAGACUUAUGCCGUUAGAUGGUUGCCAGAUUCUGUUGAUGCACUGGUUUCAGAUGAACACGCCUUGAGGAACAAAUCUCUGGUAGAAACAAUUAUUUGCUUACUGCCGUCUGACAAAGGCAUGGGUUGUUCAUCAAGUUUCUUGCUGAAACUUUUGAAAGUUUCUAUUUUGGUUGGAGCAGACGAGUCGUUGAGGGAGGAGCUGGUGAAGAGAAUCAGUUUGAAGUUGCAUGAAGUUUGUGUCGAUGACUUAUUGAUCCCCGCUCGAUCUCCUCAAAUUACUAUAUAUGAUGUUGAGUUGGUUCAGUCUGUUGUGAAUCAGUAUGUGAUGCAUGAAAAGUAUAAGUGGGAUUUGGAUGUUGUCGAGAAGAAUGAAAAGGGGACUGAGACUUUUACGUUAUUGAGUGUUGGUAGACUGGUUGAUGGGUACAUUGCGGAAAUUGCACAUGACCCAAAUCUUAACCUCAGUAGUUUCGUAGAGUUGUCACAAUCAAUUCCCGAGUCAGCAAGGCCAAUUCACGAUGGGUUGUACAAAGCCAUUGACAUCUACCUGAAGGAGCACCCUAGUUUAACAAAGGCUGAAAGGAAAAGAAUAUGCGGAUUGAUGGAUGUCAAGAAACUUACAGUGGAGGCAUCCAUGGAUGCUGCACAGAACGAGCAGCUCCCACUCCGAGUUGUUGUUCAAGUUCUCUUUGAGCAGGUUAGGUCUGCAGCUAGCGUUCGAGCCCUUAACAACCAUCCCAGCGACACUUCACUUUCCACGACAAAUUUGGACGAAGAACACGACAAGACAGCAGAAGAAAACUGCAAGCCUCCGGGAAAACAGAUGAGCCAAAUGAAGGUAACAGAAGAGUUCCAGAAGAACGCGAAACUUGGCAAGAAGAGCAGCAAAAACAGCGCAAGUGGUUCGCAGUUGCUGCCAUCUAGGUCAAGGAGAAUCUUCGACAAAUUGUGGUCUGUGGGGAAGGGGCAUGUAGAGAACAAGAGCUCGGAGACAUCCGGGAGUUCUCAUAGUCCAACUUCGAAUGUUCCUGGCGAUUCAAAGUCGGUUUCAAGACACCGGAGGCAUUCCAUCUCCUAAAUCGGGGUUUCAGGGCUGACCGGAAUUGAACGAGUUUGGAGAAGUCCACUGCAAGUGUACAAAGGAGUAGAAUUUGUUGUAGCUGGUGAUCAUAUUAUCUCAAAAGGAGUUUACUGUAGUUAAAAUGUAGCUAAAAUGUAAUCCGUUUUAUCUGGGUGCCUUGUCUAACAUCUUUUGGUUCCACUUGAAAAAUGAUCUGCGUUUCUGGUUAAGUGCUACUUCUUGUAUGUCAUCGAUAUCUAAUCGCUUUCCUUUUCCGCACUUCA